ACAUCAAAGUACGUCAAUGAUGCUUCAUCGGAAACGUCAGCAGAAUCACCACCGCAAACACCUGCUGCACCUCGACGCCAUCCUACACCUCCACCCCAUGCUCCAAAACGACCACCACUACCACCAAUUUGUUUCCGAGUUCCACUACCGCCUUUUCCACAACCUCCACCACCACCACCAUUCUUUCUAUCGCCUUUAUCCACGCGUUCCAACGAUCAAGCCACACCAGCGCCUGAGUUACCGAUGCCAUACAACAUGAAACCAAAGGAGACAUUCUCGACUGCAUUCAGAUUGAAGAAGGCUUGCGUAUCUCUGCAUGCACAAGAUGAUGUGAAUGUGGACUUGACAAGGAGAUUUGGAACUGUGAAAGUGCGUGACGUGCCUGUGGAACCUAUCAGUCGAAUGAGCCUAUUGAAGAAUAGAAAUAGAAGUGUUCAGAUGUCAGUGAGAGGUGGUAAUACCAGAUUCUCCGAGAUUUUCGAAUACGAUGAGUCAUCAUUCACUUCACAAGGAUCAUCUCCAACCUAUGCUUCGGAAUGUGAACCAGUGUCAAGUCGAAUAAGCUGAUCAAUAAACAAUGUUGAGGUCGACCGCUUCAGUCAC